GUUUAAACUAAUCCUGAACAGGAGCACAUUGGGUAAUCAUUUGGUACCAGAGAUAUGGUUAUACCUGUGAUAUAUUUUUGGUUAUUUGGCCAGAGGGCUGUUUUGGGCGAAGUGAAAACAUACAACUUUGCAAAGAAAAGUAUGUACAGCAAUGUGAUACCUAGCUCGGAUCUGGCUGUGGUGGACGGACAGUUAUCUCGUGUAGAGUGUACCUUGUUGUGUGGAUACAACAUGACCUGCCAAACAUCCUUCUACAAACCCAAUGACGGAAGCUGCUUUCUCUACAAAUAUCCAUUGCUUAAUAAUACACCCGUUAGUAUCGAAUCAGAUGUAGAAGUAUUUGAGAUAAAGGGUUGCCGCAAUCCCGACUUUGUCUUAUUCAGAGAAGCAGGUAUAUGUCUAAAGAUGUUUACAACAAUAGGUCUAACAUUCUCAUACGCAACUUCAGUGUGUGAUCAAGAGGGCGGAGAACUAGUCUCACUGGAUACCAACCAAAAGAUUGAUGCUUUAGCAUAUUAUCUAAUUUACACUUACGGGAUGAACUUGAAGGUGUCUGUUGGACUUCGCAGAUUAUCAGGUUCAUGGAAAUGGAACAGUGGGGAGCCCCUGUCAAUUACACAUCCCAUGCUCUCCAGUACAAUAAACAAUUAUGACAUGUCAGUGAUUCCGUGCACUUUUGACUACUGUGGUAUAUUCCGUGCAAAUUCCUUUGUAGAUUUGAGAGUGUUUGAUAACUGUUGUAACAACCUUUUUUCAUACUUUAUUUGUUCUACUGUGAUUCAAAUUUAAUCGAAAGUUAUAAACAAUAGUUAAAUUGCUUGAUAUUGAAGAAACGCAUAAAGAAUACAUGAACAUGAAGUUUUCAGUAAGGAAAGAAGAAAAAAUCAAAUAGGUAUUUUUUGUUUUGCAAAAAAAUUCUUUGGUUUUUUAAUAAGAGGUAAGUAUUUUUAAAAGUAAUUGCAAUUGUACCAUGCAUUGAUAUAAUGCAUACGUGAUAAAUGAUAAAAGCUAUAAUUCAGAAGCACCUUCCUAAUUAUACGAUAACAUUUGAUUAAAAAUAUUAUCAUCAUAAAGAUUUCAGUAAAAUAUAGUUUAAAGCUCUUAUUAAUAAAUGCAAUUGCUGUAAAUAUAUUUUAAAAAAACCUGUUUUUUCUUGUUAUUAAGAACUUGCAGGCAUGUUCACGAAACUUUAUUAAGAAAUGACCUAUGCAUGUUUCUAAGAGAUGAAGUAUAAAAAAAAAUAAGAACAUCCUAGUUCAACUUAUAACACGUCUUCAGCUGUAGCUCGGCUCGGUAACAAAAGUAACGGUAUCCUCGCUGACUUAAAUUGUUUUUAUUUUUCACAUCAGUUGAUAGAAAGAUUUUGAGAGACUUGCUCAGGGGUAAAUCAUUAAAAAUUAGCCAGAGAAAAUUAUAAGUGUCGGUAAUACGAUAAGCUUAAAAAACAGUAAUAUUGACUUGUGAACAUUUUUUAAAAAUACACAUUUUCUUAAAUAUAUAUGUGACCAAUAACAAUUUAGUUAAACAAAAAAUCCAUCGAAAACCAAAUAACUGCUAUUUUGUGUAAAGGAAGUAAGCAUCAGGACAACUUUUGGCAUACCAGGAAAUAAUUAUUUAAACAGCAAUAGUAGAUAUUAAGCAUUUUUUUCGCCACAGACAGUAUUUGCGGACAAAACUAC